AUGGAGGUGCCACGAGCACGGGUGCCUGCGCGUGACUUGCUCUCGCUGACAAAGACCGUGGCGGCCUUGCGUGGCCAGCUGGCUUUGACUGAGGAGCGAGUGGCUCAGCUCGCUCCGGCCCAUCCGCUUCCGGUGGAAAAGGCCCAUGUGAAGCAGAUGCCGCUUGCAGUUGCGGUCCUUGCAGAAGGCGAUGAUGCCGAUGGCGGAAAGUCGGCCCGAACAGCCCGGACGCCGGCGUCGAGCGCAGCUGCGAGUGCAAAGUCGAAUCGCGCUGCGAAUGCCCGCAUCGCUCGGCUAGAGAAGGAGCUCAAAGCAGCCAACGCUCGCAUUCGCAAGCUCUUUGUCCAGCGCGACACACUCAAGGCCAAGCUCGCGGCUGGGGCGGAGAACGCUGAGCCGAACAAGAUGACUCGCCCAGGUACUGCAGUGGCGACCCGCGCCGACUCGGCCGCGAUCCGCAGCCUCAAGGCCGAGCGUGAUGAGUUGCUGGAGAAUCUCCGCGGUGAAGCACAGGUCGCUGAGGAGCAGCGUGCGUACAUUAAGGUUCUCAAGUCGAUGCUCGAGCAAAAGGGGCUGCACGCGGUCCAGGCCGCCGAACUCGCGGCCGAGAACGAGGCGCUCAAGGCAAGAGUGCUGGACGUCGAGUCGACGGCCCGGCUGGCACCGAGCUCGCUCCCGGACGGUGCUGCGCCGGCGUCGGCCGACGAGGAGCGUGAGGCGCUCAUCGAAUUUACCGAGGAGCUGCUGAGCCAGGUGGAAGAGCUGCGGACCGAACUGGACGCGGCCAAGUCCGGGUCGAGCACCUCCAACACCCCGGGCUCUGUAGACGUCGUGCGCGACGCCAACGCCGCGCUCCGCGCACAGGUCGCCGAGCUUGAGACUCUCCUCCGUGAUGCCGAGGGCCAGAGUGACGCCGCCCGGAAUGAGGCGAGCGCCGCCACCCAGCGGAUUGAGGUUCUUGAGGCCGAGGCCGAGAGUGCCCGCCAGCAGGCGGCCGCCAUGGACGAGCUGCAGGCCGAGGUCCUCGACCAGCUUGCGUCGUGCCGCGAGGCCGCCGACGCUGCGUCGGUCACCGCUGCACGGGCCGACCGGCUCGAGCGCCAGCUGGCCGACGCCCGCGAGUCUGCCGACCGCGCCGUCGCUGACGCCGACGCCGCCCGCGCACGCAUUGCUGACCUCUCUGCCACCGCCCAACAGGCCAAGCUCGAUGCCAUGGCCCAAGUCCAGGAGGCCCAGCUUGCGGCCCAGUCGGCGGCGGCCCAAGCCGAGAUGCAGCGGCAGGCGCUCACCGGCAAGGUCGAGUCACUCGAGGCUGCGCUCGACGCCGCCAAGUCGACCGUCGACUCGGCCAACGCCUCGCUCCGCGCCGCCCUCGACGACAAUGCCGAGCUCUCGGCGCGAGUCGCCGCGCUCGAGCGGCGGGUGGCCAAGGCCGACGGGCGGGCCGAUACCGCCGAAGCCGCCGCAUCCUCGCUCCGCGAGCAGCUCGAUGAGCUCGCACCGUUCAAGGACGCCGCGACCAAGUCAGCAGCCGAACUCGAGUCGGCCAAGGCGCUGGUUGCCGAGCUCUCGGCCUCGCUCGAGGAGACCGCCGCGUCCGAGGCCAAGCUCCGUGCUGCGGCCGAGACCAAUGCCGCCUUGGUUGCCCACGCCAAAUCGAUCGAGCCGCAGUUGGAGCGGCUGGUCGAGGAGAACGGCAGGCUCUUUGCCGCUGUCUCGGCCGCCGAGGACGCGUCUGACGAGCUGCAGCGUGCCGCGCUCGCCAACGAGGCUCUUGCUGCGCGCGUCGACAACCUCGUCACCCAAAACGACUACCUCCGCCACGAGCUGUCCAAGGAUGUGACUCGCCAGCGCGCCGAGCGCGACGAGUUGCAGGCCAACCUCGACUCACAGACCGCCCGCGUCAUCUCGCAGGCCUCGCUCCACGGCGAGCUCCAGGUCGUCAACGUCGCGCUCCGCGAGGAGAAUCGCCGACUCUACGACGCCGUCGACGAGCUCUCCGCCAAGCUCCGUGUCCUCGAGGCUGCCACUGGCAUCGAAAACCCGGAGGAGCUUGCCGACGAGGCGCCGGUCGGCGGCGACUCGGUCGCCUCGCUCCAGGCGCUGCGCUCCGAGAACGCGGCCCUCCGCCUCCGCAUCCGCCAACUCGCUAAGGACCUGACACUCACCCGUAACGAGGUGACAGAGGCCACCGAUGCGCUCGCCGACGUCCUGGUGGGCGAGUCUGAACCGGCCGGCAACGAGUCGGACGCCGCUCGCGCACGCCUCGUCAACCUUGUCCACACCCUCCGGGCCCAGAUCCGCUCCAAGUCGAUUGAGGUUGAGGCGCUGCAGGACGAGGUCCGUCAGCUGCAAAAGUACGCCACCGUCGCCCGCAAGGCCGGCGCCGGCGGUCUUGACGGCCCGCCGGCGUCGCUCCGCGAGUGGCGGAUGGCGAGCGGAGGUGCCGACGACGGCACCUUCCGUGGUGAUUCGGCCCCGCCCGGCUCACUCUCGCCCGCCGAAGCCGCCGCUCUCAAGGAAGAGCACGGCAAGGCGGUCUCCGCGCUCAAGGCCCGGAUUGUCGAGCUGGAGUCUGUCGCCUCCUCGCUCCGGUCGCAGCUCAACGGCAUGUCGCUGGCCUCGGCCUCGACCACCUCGCACGGCUCGUACGAGCGCGAACUCAUGGCCGCCGACAUGGGCCGCCUCCGCGACGACCUUGCCCGCGUCGCUGACGAUCGCUUUGAGCUCGAAGGCAUGCUCAACAAGGCCCGCAACGAGGCCGCCACCCUUCGCGCCUCGGUCGAGAGCCUCAACCGUGAGAAGCUGGCCCUUGAGCGUAACCUCCGCGAGGCAACUUCGCAGCUCAAGCGGGCCAAGGCCGGCCUAGCCACCCAGCCGGGUGCCAGCUCCGGCCGCGCCGGCGCCGGCGCCGACGCGAUCAACAACCAGUACGAGCAAAUCAAGGAGCUCCGCACAAAGCUGCAGGAGUCGUACGACGAGUUCCGUGCCGCCCAGGCAUCCGCCCUCGCCGCGGGCAAGGACAAGAUGCAGCUGGUGGUCCAGCUCGAGGCUGCCAAGCGGACCGCCGCCGCCGCCACCGCCCGCGCCGACGCUGCCGAAGCCUCGGCUGCCGCCGCCGCCAAGCGCGCCGCCGCCGCCGAUGACGAUGCUGUUCGUCUCCGCUCUGCUCUCGCCGAGGCCCUGUCCGCCAAGGAGACUGCUCAGGGUGCGGCCGCCACCGCUGCCGACGCCAUGCGCAAGCUUGAAGCCGCCGUCGCCGAUGCCGACCGCAACUCGACCUCUGCCAUGUCGGCCACCCUCCGCGAGCACGCGCAGACCGUCUCGGACUUGCACAACAAGCUCGACCGCCGCUCGCAAGAAGUUGUUCAGCUCGAGCUCCAGGUCGCCGCCCUCCAGGCCGACCGAGUCGAGCUCGUCGGCGAGAUCUCGCUCCUGCAGCACGAGCUCCGGCUCGCGCGCGAAGAGGCUAACGAGGGCUCGGUCCUCGCUCGCUCGCUCGAGCUUGAGCUCGACGGCGUCGAGCAGUCGGUCGUGCGUGCCGAGGCCCUCGCACUCCACGGCGAAUCGCAGCUCAAGGUCGUCGGCGACCGGCUCGACGCCUCCAUCAAGGCCGUCCGUGACGGCGGCGUCGCCGCCUCGGUCGCACACCUCGAGUCCUCGAACCGGGACAUGCAGGCCGAGCUCGGCCGCCUCGAGGGCGACCGCGAGGCGUCGCCGCUCAAGCGUGAGGCCCUUGCCGGGCCGCCCGCGUCGGACGGCCCACCCUCGCCCUCUUCCCACCACCCGCAACCUCCGGCAGUGCCCAGCGACAACGUAUGGAUCAAGAAGGGCGCCGGCGCUGUUGUGUACUAUAAGAACGCCGCUACCGGCGAGGUCCGCAGAGAUCUGCCAUCGGGCGCCGUCCUUGCGCCGUAA